GUCACGUAGUCGUGGCACAGUUCAGACUGGGUCGUAACGUAAGGUGACAAAAAUAUUAUUUUAAUCCAUUUUGCCAUAUUUGUAAGUAUGGACGUCCCAGCUGGAUUCAGGCAUCGUAAGUCAAGCCAACAAGCGCAAGGACACCACAGAAGACCCCAGCGAUCUAAGGGUCAUGAUGGACCUACUCCUCUCUUUGACGACACCAGCAGCAUGGGGCCGGGUCAGCCCGGGCCUGGAGGGGGUUUCCAGGGUCAGGGGUCAUAUGGCCAGCCCCAGCAGCAGCAGCAGCCGCCAGGGAUGAUGUACCCCGGUCAGCAGCUGAUGAAUGACCCAAUGGCCAACAUGGCCAUGCAGUACGGGGCCAGUCUGGCUGACCACGGCAAGGAUGUCGUGGAGAAACAGUUUGACAGGUUCAUGUCUCUGAGCAAGCUCAAAUACUAUUUUGCCGUGGACACAACGUAUGUGGCCAAGAAGCUAGCCAUCCUUCUCUGUCCUUUCACACAUACGGAAUGGGCAAUUAAUUACCAGCAGGAUGAGCCAGUGGCACCCAGGUAUGAGGUGAACGCACCAGACCUUUAUAUCCCCGUCAUGGGGCUUGUCACCUACAUACUCCUGGCUGGAGUUGCACUGGGAAGACAAGAUAGGUUCAGCCCUGAGCAGUUGGGAAUGCAAGCCAGCACAGCUCUGGUCUGGCUGAUCAUAGAGAUUGUGGCUGUGCUCCUGACACUGUACGUCAUGAACAUCCACACUGCACUCCGGAAGCUAGACCUGGUGGCAUUCUGUGGCUACAAAUAUGUUGGAAUGAUUGUGUGUCUUCUUGCCAGUAUUCUAUUCCAGUCCAUUGGUUACUACAUUGCUCUGCUUUACUCCAGCGUAUCCAUCAUGUUCUUUGUGGUGCGGAACAUGAAGCUGAUCAUUCUGCCUGAGUCCCAUGAGGACAGCAUCGGCCACGGCAACAAACGACGCCUGUACCUGCUGCUCUUCAUCGCUGUGCUCCAGCCGGUCUUCAUCUUUUGGCUGACGGCUCAUCUGACGGGCGGCCCACUCAAGGCCAAAAUCUGAAGCCGUCUGACGCAGUUGCUCCACAUUAAAUAUUCUGCACGCUUUAUCCUGAACCCUCCGGCUUUUUUUUUUUUUUGCAAGGAAACUUCCCGAAUCCUCCCAAAUCUCCUCCAUGCGAGAAACCAAUGACUCACUACUCUCUGGGGCUUUUCCCAUUCUUGGCUUUGUCAGUACCUCAGGCUUCCUCUGAUUUUUAACCCUGUGACUUUGAAGUUGUUAGCUCAAUAAUGAGUCCUGUUUUUUGGGUACCAGAACCACAUCCUUCAUUGUAGGCCGAGCAAGUGGUUUUGAUGUUUGAGACAUAGCCCGAGAUGGGCACAUAGCUGAGCAAAAUCCCCUUUGACUUAAAGGCAAAGUCCGAUAUUUGUCAUUUCAUUGUUUUUCAUUUUAGGCAACGAAAAUGUUCAAAAUUGAAAGAAGGGUGCUUUCAAACUAAUCUCACCGAGUUUAAGCUCCGUGAAUGCCGUAUAUGCGGAGAAAAAGAUUGUUCUAGGAUGCUGGUUUCAAAUCAAAAGUUGCGUGGUAAUGUUUUGAAUUGCGCCCAAAGUUCAGCAUCCAGGACAUGUUCUCCUUUAGCUGAUUGCUGCUACAUGAUGUUGAGCACUGGACCAGUGAGUUAUAUUUAGCAAUGGCACCUGCCUGUCCAUCAUGCAAACCUUCGCCAAUAAAAAAUAAGCGCCUUAUGGCAAUUUCUAAGAAUGUGUCUUUAGACACAUUGUUGGAAAUUGCUUUCUCUUGCUGCUUCUUCAAAAUGGAAGGCUGCCUGAAAGAAUAAUAUCACAGGGACUGUAGUCCAAUAACUGUAAUUAAAUAAAUGAAAUGUUCCUUUCAACAAUUCAUUCAGUUCCUUUAAGGACAGCUGCAAAUGUGGGACUGCACCUUUAUAUGGGACAUCAGUGUCUGUAUAAGAUAUGUGCAUGUACGUGUAUAUGUAAGUGGGCUUUACCGUUCUAAAGACUGGAGAGGGCCAGAGCUGUUUUAUAUAGAGAGAGUUGCCUUUGGAAACAAAACGACUGUUCAUUAUAUGAGCAGUUCAGCAUGCAGCCAUGGUGUACUGAUUGUCCAUGGAUUCAGUUCUCAUGGGUUCAGGUGUUGCAGGACUCGAAACAGGCCCUAGUAACUUACAGUUCAUUUUGUUAGGUUUGGUCACAUACUGUUUAUGGUUCAUGGUUCACGUCAACUUAAUGUCUGUUGGUGGCCUCCACCAUGUUCCCAUCAGUUCUUUUUUGGCUUACUUUGUUUAUUUUGAAGAAUUAGAUAGAGACUAGAAAAAAAAUCACCGUCAUGUGAAUUUGUAAACUUUAUUCCUUUUUUCCCUUUUGAUUGAACACGCUGUGAUGGGAUGGCAGUGUAUUCAAAGGCCAUUUACAGUUUGACUCAAAAGAGUUUGUACAGUCAAAACCCUAUAGAAAUACAUGUAGUCUGUUGUCAACAAAGAUGGGCUAAGUAAACCAAAAAAAUGCCUCAUGUACCCGCCGAAAAAAGAUGCAGACUUGUGGGAUGUGCUCGCAUUCUGGUAAGAUUGAACCUUUGACAUUUCAUCCCAAAAGAACCAUGGCUUUGUCGGACCACCUCACAAUCCGGAGGAGGAAGAUUCCCCCCCCCCUCGAAUUCGGCUGGCCUAUGUCCAAUCAUAGUGAAACUUGGUAUGCACAUAAACUCACCCAUUAUGAGCAUA